AUGGCCCAGCUGCCCCGUGGCCUCUGUUCCACGCUUGGCUUCCAGUGCUGCCUCCUCUUUCUUCUGGCUUCUUGGGAGGCAGUCCUAGACACGAAUGAGGCACUGCGGCACAGCGAGCCUGGGCGCGUGGAGCCGCGCCCCGGGGACGGAGGCGUCGCCGAGUUUCAGCUCUUAGCCAGCCGGCAGAGGGGGCCGGACCUGGAGCGGAGGGCACACCGGGGCGACCUGCAGGGCCCCACCCGGUGGUCUCCCCAGGGGAGUGAGGGACUCGGGGUGUCCACGCUGGGCAGGCCAGCCGUGGCGGUGGCAGCGGCCAUCCCGGGGCGGGGCGGGGUGCAGGGGCCGCGGGAGUCCCCGCCCCAGCUGGGCCCGGCGGGCGGCCGCGGACGAGCGGCUGCGCUGCUGGGAGGGGCUGCGGGAGAGGCCGGGUCGGGGAGCACCGUGUCCAGAGCGGCCAGCCGAAGGGAAGGCGCGCCUGGGAAGAGGAGCCCUCGGCGAACGGAACAUGGGCUCUCUGCCAUCUUCACCAUCUUCUUGUCCCACCCGUACUUCUAUGGAGGUCUAUGUCCCCUGGCCCCCAUCCUCCGCCUCAGCGGCGAGUCCAGGCCUUGUCUACGGCGAUCCCACUGGCCACACUGCUCUGCAUCCCGAAACCAGACCUCCAGGCCUCUCCAAAUCCACGGAAAUCCAGAGGCCAAAGCGCCACUGCAACAGCACACGCCGUUCCAGGCCGACUCGCAAGCCGAGCAUGGAGGACAGACCGUGGUGGCCCAUGAGGUCACAGGAGCCCAUACAACACCUCCAGAGCAUGGAGGACAGACCGUGGUGGUCCAUGAGGUCACAGGAGCCCACACAGAACCAUCAGAGCAUGGAGGACAGACUGUGGCGGCCCAUGAGGUCACGGGAGCCCAUUCAGAACCACCAGAACAUGGAGGACAGACCAUGGCAGCCCAUGAGGUCACAGGAGCCCACACAACACCUCCAGAGCAUGGAGGACCGACCACGGUCGUCCAUGAGGUCACAGGAGCCCACACAGAACCACCAGAACGUGGAGGACAGACCACCCUGACCCAGGAGGGGACAGAGGAGACCACAGAAGCCCAGACAAUGUCUCUGGAUCAUGGAGAAAAGACAACAUCGGCCCACAAGAAGACAAUAUCAAAGUCCACAGAACGCCCAGAAGAGACAACAUCAACCACAGAGAAAACCGCAAGCAUUUCCAAAAAUUCUGUAGAAUACCCAAAGACGACCACACUGACCACUGAAACCACAAAAACCUUCAUACAAUCUAUAAAAAUACCAGAAAAAACAGCAGAAGCACCACUAACAGCAGAGACUACAAGACACACAGCCAAGGCCACAGCAGACAAAUCAGUCCCUGUCACUUCUCCUCAUGUAAAGAAAACCGGGGUCACCCACCUGGGGCCUCUUGGUUCUUUGCUACCCACUCCAUCUGGAGCGCACCAGAGCCCCACCACAUCAGGGGCCCCAGACAACAAGAGUCACCCACAGCAGACCGGCGGCCAUUCCCAGACGGGCCCCCAUGCUGCAGCCACGGGCACACAGGGCUCCUUCCCUGCGUGGGCCAUAGUGGUUGUGGUCCUGCUGGCGGUGAUUCUCCUGCUCCUGUUCAUCGGUCUGAUUUUGGUCUCCUGUCUGAGUGCAGCACGCCACCGCGCACUGGCCCGGAACACCGAGGACAUCGACCUGCAGGACCAGGAGGGCCCUAACUCCUACCCAGUCUACCUGAUGGAGCAGCAGAACUUGGGCAGGGGGCAGGUCCCUUUCCCACAGUGACCCUCAUCAGGGCCCAGCCCCAGCCCCCUCAGCUUCUGCCACUUCCCGGGGAGACCCGUAAUUCCUAGUUCCUGGGCUCCAGGAGGGCAGGGGACACUGACUGUACCAGCAUAACUUCACUGUCAGCCUUGUUCUUAGUGGAGUGACAGAGGAGGAUGAGCUGGUUAUCAGGAAUGCACGUUUGGAGGCAAAAGAAGAAACAAGGAACACGAACAAGUGCUCACGGUGAGGAACAAGCUACUUCGCGGACCAGUGGGCUGGAG